UAUUGUAAUUUUUCUCGAAGGAGAAGAUAAACCCUAAUCAUCAUCAUAUCGUAUAAUAUAAAGCUUCGCCGCCGUCAAGAGAGGAGGAGGAAGUAACUGAUUGUUUACAAUGGCGAAGGUGGAAGAGAUUGAGCACGAGGAGGAGAAUAUUGAGAAAAGGGUGAAGAAGAAAGGUAAACACGACAAGCCGAAGCCAUGGGACGAAGACCCAAACAUCGACCGUUGGACUGUCGAGAAGUUCGACCCGGCAUGGAAUCCCACUGGGAUGCUCACUACGAGCAAAUUCUCCACACUCUNUCUAGUUAAAGGUUCUAUGACUGUUAAAACGACGAUGAAGACAAGAGACCCGUUCAUCGUUAUCAAAGCUAGGGAUUUGAUUAAGCUUCUUUCCAGAAGUGUCCCUGCUCCUCAGGCUAUUAAGAUUCUAGACGAUGAGAUGCAAUGUGAUAUCAUCAAGAUUGGUAACUUGGUUCGGAAUAAGGAAAGAUUUGUUAAAAGAAGGCAGCGACUUGUGGGUCCUAAUUCCUCUACCUUGAAGGCGCUGGAAAUAUUAACCAGCUGUUACAUUCUAGUUCAGGGAAGUACUGUAGCCGCAAUGGGUUCAUGGAAAGGUCUCAAACAAAUCAGAAAGAUUGUGGAAGAGUGCGUACAGAAUAAAAUGCAUCCUGUAUACCAUAUAAAGGCACUCAUGAUCAAAAAGGAACUGAUGAAGGAUCCAGCUCUUGCAACUGAAAGCUGGGAUAGAUUUCUUCCCACAUUCAAGAAGAAAAAUGUUAAGCAAAAGAAGCCCAAAAGCAAGGAGAAGAAGCCAUACACACCUUUCCCUCCUCCACAACCGCCUAGCAAGAUUGAUUUACAAUUGGAGUCUGGAGAAUACUUCAUGAGUGACAAAAAGAAGUCAGAGAAAAAAUGGCAGGAGAAGCAAGAGAAACAGACAGAGAAGAGUACAGAAAACAAAAGAAAGAGAGAUGCCUCAUUCCUCCCACCUGAGGAACCUGUGAACAACAACAAGUCAACCAAUUCAGAGGAUGGAAAGAGCGAUAUAAACGAGUUAACAAACUCUUUGAAGAGCAAGACAAAGGAGUUGAAAAAGCAGAAGAAGACACACGAGAGAGUGAAUGCAGAGGAUUAUAUUGAUGCUCCAUCUGCUGAUAAACCUUCCAAGAAGAAAUCCAAAAAGAAUAGAGAUUAAAUUCUAAAACUUGUUUUUUUAUCUUAAAAAAUAUUGAACAUAUAUGUGUUCAAAGCUAGAAAAUAAGUUGAAACUUUGUUUUUAUGGAUUCAUUGCAGUUGCAGGUGAUGAUGUUAUAAAAAAAAGUUUAAAAAUUA